GCAAAGCAAUACAACAGAACGAAAAGGAGGCUUUUUGUUGUGGGGUUGAUAUCUGCUGGAAAUGGAAAUAGAAAUGGAUAUGGAUAUGGAGUUGGAGUUGGAGUUGGAGUUGGAAUUGGAAUUGAAAUUUGGAAUAAGGGACAAAGAGAGUGAGCUGGUGCGCAUAUUACAAGCAGCCCAUAGGCGCUGCGCCACACCACGGCGAUUGCUUCUGCUUCUCCCUUCCAUGUUGAGUUGCUGCGAUGAUGAUGUUCAGUGUUCAGUAUUCACUGUUCGCCUUUUCCUUAACUCCGCAUUUAUAUACAAAUCGCUUCAAAGAGAUGAUGCUGCUGCUGCAUAAACAUUCACCACUCAUAUUCGAUACUUCUCCUUUAAGGCAACAACCAAGUUUGGGUUUGUAGUAUUGUAUUGACGCUGCAAGUUAAUUUGCUUUGGAUUAUCGUGUUUAUUUUGGAUCCAGGCUUAUCGAUUGAGCUGAAACCAUGCCUAUUGAGGCCGCCUGUUUAUAGUUCUACACUACAGGUUUUCAUUUCAGUGGUUUUGAAGCUUUUGCUCUCCUCUGUUUUCAAUAUCCAAAGUUUUGCAGUGGUAAUUUUGUCCUUUUCGGUGAUGCUAUCUAUGGUGACACUGAUUUGAAAGGUUUGGUGUUCUCUGUUUAUGGUUUAAGCGAAGUUAAUACAGGAGAUGCUCUGUCUCUCAGAACUGUAAAAUUUGAAUUCUUAUUUUUAUUGCACUUGCGGACAGCUUCUUCUUGAACUUAAACAACGCCAAAGCAGCAUGAAUUCAGCUUCCCCACAGUUUGUUCCAUCGAGACGGAUGGGCAUCUGUGAUCAAUUACAUCAAACGAGCGUGUGGGGAAGUUUCAAAGACAACAAUGUAUUUUUCACACCUCCAUUGAUGAUGCCUGAGGUCGAGGACACUAAGCUAGACAAUCAGUCUGAGGAUACCUCGCAUGGAACAUUUGGGCUUUCCAAUAAGUAUGAACAAGAAGAAAGCAAACCAGAAGAUAAGGUGCAGAGACGAUUAGCACAGAACCGGGAGGCUGCGCGUAAGAGCCGUCUUCGGAAAAAGGCGUAUGUCCAACAGUUAGAAAAUAGUAAGUUGAGACUCAUUCAGCUAGAACAAGAACUUGACAGAGCCAGAAAACAGGGAAUGCAUGUAGGUGGCCGCAUCGAUGCUAGUCAGUUAAGCUACUCUGGCUCUACAAAUCGAGGUAUUACAGCAUUCGAAAUGGAGUAUGGACACUGGGUGGAACGGCAAAAUAAGCAGAUCUGUGAUUUGAGGAAUGCUUUGUAUGCUGAAAUGGGAGACGCCGAGCUGCGCUUAUUUGUUGAUAUCGGAAUGAAGCAUUACUAUAACCUGUUCGAUAUGAAAGCUACAGCUGCAAAGUCCGACGUAUUCUACGUCAUGUCUGGCAUGUGGAAAUCAUCCCCCGAACGUUUCUUCUUAUGGAUAGGUGGUUUCCGGCCUUCAGAGCUUCUCAAGGUUCUCUUACCACAUUUGGAGCCAUUGUUAGAACACCAGCGCCGGGAAGUUUCAACCCUCAGGCAAUCAUGUCAGCAGGCCGAAGAUGCACUGUCACAAGGCGUCGAGAAACUUCAGCACAUUCUAGCUGAGGCCUUAGCCGACGGGCAAUUAGGCGAAGGGAAUUACCUCCCUCAGAUCAGAGCUGCCAUGGACAAGAUGGAUGCUCUGGCUCGAUUCAUGUGCCAGGCAGAUCACAUUCGGAAAGAAACUUUGCAGCAGGUUGCGCGGAUACUGACCACACGGCAAGCUGCUCGAGCCCUCAUUGCUCUCGGGGAGUAUUGGCAACGCCUUAGGACGUUAAGUUGUUGUUGGUCCUCCCGGUCGGUCGAACAAUGCCUCAGGUGAAUGACUAUCUACAGGUUAGCGCAAACCCUUUUUGAGUCUUCUCUGGUUUCUUCAUAUCUUUUGAAACUGAUCCUUAUUGUGAAUCAAAAGUUUAUAUAUAUAUAUAUAUAUAUAUAUAUAUGAUCGUUCAAAAAGCAUGCAUUCUGUGAUUGUUUGUUGAUUUUGCUUCAGCUUGAUGAUGCAUAUUAGUUUGAUAGAUAUAUGCGAUCAUAUAUACAGUGGCGGAUCCAGCUACUUGUUUUAUUAAAUUAUCAUUGUAAUAUAAAAAAUAAAUUACAAUUGGCCUAUAA